AUGACUGCCAAGGAAAUUUCGCACCUAUUUGGCGUUGAGGAUGGUGUACUUGCUGAUCACCGACGCCUCGCCUCCUUCUCCGGAACGUGGAUUCUGGAGAUUGUUGCCCCGCCAGCCGGUUUGGAUGCCACUGGACUCCCGGUUCUCUCUCACCUUUUUGGCAUCGUCACGGACCAGUUGUGGUUCCGUGUGGAUCCGAAACGCAGCGAUGUGGACUGGCGUGCCAACAAGGAUCCCAAGGUAUCAACGAUCAUUAACGCUCGUGCAGCGUUGGGUCAGCUCAUCGGCCAUAAGGCUCCUGCGAGAAGGCUUGUGAGCCUUGUCAGAAAGGAAAUGGUCCGUUUGGCUCCUGCCAAAUCGUUUUCCUCCCUGGAUCGGGUUUCCAGUGGUCCUUAG